GCUGUCCCUGGUGCAGUCCCGCAUGAGCACUACGCUGCACCAAAAGAUUCUGUAUGCGAUAAUAUCAAUAUGACUGGUGUAAGCAGACUGCCUGCAGAGUUUCUUCCGGAAAGCAACAUUUCGUUCAAAGAUAUCACGCAAGAUGAAGAUUCCUAUUCGGUCAACCAUAUGGAAAACGGUGAAGAAGUUAGUUCGCAUGGAAUGUCACGAGACGAUGUUUGUAAUCCUGCUCUGGAAAUUCCGAUUGAAAAAAUCCAAAAUGAUAUUGAUUCUUAUUCCGUUAAAUCUCUUGAGGGUGACGAUGACUUCAAAUUAUGGCGAGGGAUAUCACGCGAUGGCACCUGCGGUUCCAAGUUUUUAACUUCGAAUAAAAGUAGUGAUGAUAGUUUUUAUCCAAUUGAGUAUCUCGAGGAUGAUCAGGAUUUGAAAUUGUGUACUCCUCGCAAAGAAAUCAACGAACCGGAAUACAUGAAGAAUAUUUCAAACAACAGCAACUCUUGUCGCAGCAUUGUAUUUGAAGAGAUUGUUUCACAAGAAGAUGAUAGCUGGUGCAGUCAAUUUUCAAAAAUAACAAAUGUAAAUAAUUCUUAUCAGGACAAGAACCUAAGCGCUACAGCAGCCAAAAUAUUCGAACUUGAACAGUAGCUCAUCACAAUGCAUCGCAUCGUCAAUAAGCACAACGACGAUCUUAAAAACGUGAAACGACAAUUAUUCGUCACUAAACAAACUAGCAAGCGACGCCUUAUACUUUUGCAAAAAAAGUCGGAAAAUUUACUACUUAAGCGAAAGCUGAAGCUGCUCAGUCGAAAGGAAAGCGUCCACGAGAGUUUAGAAAAAAUAUUGCGAGAAAACCCAGUGCUUAGUGACAUGAUCCGAAAUAAAUAAAGGCCGCCAAAAGCUAGAAGAUACCAUCCAAUUACAAUGAAGUUCGCAUCCGGUGUGUACCUUAGCGGACCACGCAGUUAGGAAUCAUUCAAAUAUUACAUAACGCGAAAUUGGCAAUUUUCAAUACCCACCCACCCCCAUGUAACGCAAUUCUGCAUGUUUGCCACAUGCAAUAUAACGCUUUGCUGAAUACCCCCCCACCCCUGAGCGUGUUAUGUAUUAUUCGAAUGAUCCCUUAUCGCUACCUGGAGAACUCUAAAAUAUUUAUGUUA